GGCAUUGUUUAAUGAGCAUCAACUCCCUUCCCAGAGAAAUACACGGGGAACAUGUUGCCUGUGGGAAGGGGGGCGGCAGAUGCAUAACCAUUUCAAGCCAUCACCCUCUCCUCAAACAUCCCCAAAACUGAGGCGACACUCCUCCUAUUCCCGCGUCCAAUUAGUUAUUUUGGUCUGGCCCUUUAAGACGCAGCAGCGGGUCAGCAAGUAGUGUAGUGUUUCUCUAAUUGAACUUCGCCCAAUCAACAAUAACUCGUUAGCAGUUGCUUGCUUUUUCUUGUUCCUUGAGACAGCUUAUUCCUCGCAGGAAUCGCCCCCAGCGACUACCCGUUAUACUUUCUAAAGAUCUUCAUGGAACUUCGCAGAGGAACUGUCUCUCUCUGGAAGGGAAUACAAUUCGGUUGCCUGUGAAACUGCAGCCUACGCCCGAAGCAUGGUUAUUUUGGAGAAAACAUUUCAGACAAGUGAAGUUGCAAGAUUCGACUGAAAGUGAUAAAAAAAAGUGGGUUGUGAAGACGCGAAUCGAAGGAAACACUCGUGGACGUUUAAACUAGCAUUUGAAUGAAAUAAUCAGCCUUUGUCAGCAGUAAUUCCUUUGGACGGCCGAUGACCUCCAGUAAAGACAUGAAGGCAGGCUCCGUGUUGCAGUCCAGCAGCGAGGAGAGGAGACGGGGUCCCUUGGACCAGCUUCCACCCCCGGCCAACUCCAACAAGCCACUGACGCCGUUCAGUAUUGAGGAUAUUCUAAACAAACCCUCGGUGAAGAAAUCAGUUGCUAAUCUCUGUCCACCGAGAGUUAUUGAAAAAGUGUCCGGCUCAAACGCAGCAAGGAACGGUAUUACCACUCCUUCUUCGCCGUUAUGCGCUCUGGAGGAACUAGCCAGCAAAACAUUUAAAGGUCUGGAAGUCAGCGUUAUACAAGCAGCUGAAGGUCGUGAGCAUGUGAACGCCUUUGGACAGAGGCAGACCUCAAAAAAGAGGAGAAAGUCCCGGACAGCUUUCACCAACCAUCAGAUAUAUGAACUCGAGAAGCGCUUUUUGUACCAGAAAUACCUGUCCCCGGCCGACCGAGACCAGAUAGCUCAGCAACUGGGGCUAAGCAACGCUCAGGUCAUCACCUGGUUUCAGAACAGACGGGCCAAGCUCAAGAGAGACUUGGAAGAGAUGAAAGCGGACGUGGAGUCGCUCAAGAAAAUACCACCACAAACCCUGCAAAAGCUAGUCACCAUGGAAGAAGACAUUGACGACCCGCAAGGAAGCAUCUCCCCGUCGUCACAAGGACACCGAGCAUUUCCACAGUCCCCCUCUUCAUCCAGAGAUCAAACCACGGACGAAUUCUCAGAGGAGGACGAAGAGAUUGAGGUGGACGAUUGACAGUAGGCCCAUGUUUUAAGAAAGGGCAUUUUUAACUUUUGCACGGAUAUUGACGACUGGAGAAGUGAAACUAAAAAAAUGAAAGUUUACUUUCUCCUCUUCUCCAUUUUAAUUUAUUAAUAGGACUGUAAAGCCUUGUCUGUUUCAAUUUCACCAAAUUAUUAUUUGAGGAAUAGCCUACAUCUUUAUUUUAAUUGGAUAUGAAAAAUACUUUGUUUUGGUACAGGAUCAUGACUGCAAAAUGUGUAUGUACAUUUAACGCUGGGGG